AUGGAGAAUGCGGAGAGGUGGCCCCCCGAAACCCGUGGCGGUGAUGGAAUCCUUUGUUACGACUCUGAGGCAGGCAAGCCGCAGAAGCUGGCCACAGCCACGGAGAUCAGAAGGGAAAACAACGAGGUUGCCCUCCCAGGUCCUGAGAGGUUCAAGAUAGGCGAGAAAGUGUUCUACAACAGCAAGACACUGCGCCAGCGGGUCGUUGCCAUAGUGAAGGGAAUCACUGCUGACGGUCUGUACGACCUGGACGUGAAGAGUAGGGCGCUUCCGGAAAAUGUCUCACGUUACGUAGAGGAAGCGAUUCCGGCUCCACCAGCUCCACCGGCUCCUUCGGCUUCUGGUGCUGUCGCUCCUCCACCUGCGAAGUACUCCGGCCUGCCACCAACCUUCCCUGGUGACCAAGCAUCGUCCGGCCUGCCACCAGUCGGUGAUCGA